AUGGCGGGCAGUUUUUUACUAGAAGCUCAAGAACAUAUUCAAACAUGUGGGACACACAACUUACGUAUUGAUAUCUUCUGUGAAGACUGUGAUGAGUUCAUUUGUACAAAAUGUGCAAAAACAGAUCACAUAGAUCACAACUGGGAUACCGUAGCUACAAUAGCAAGUUUAAGGAGAAGAAAUCUGUUUGAAUAUUUGAGAACAAUCAAGGAAGGGGAUUUGUCAAAAAUUGAUGAAAAGAUAGAGAAGGCGUCAAAACAAAUCGAAGAAAAUAAAAUACAGUGUGAUCUCGAGAUAAAAAAGCUGUUAAAAUAUUUUGAUGAAAUAUCAACGAGUUUGGAAUAUCUAAAGAAUUCCCACAAAGAAAAAUUGAAAGAGAAUCUAAGGACGAAGAAUACAAAGGUUGAUCGCGUGAAGUUUGAGUUAGAAAUGAAGAGAAAACAAUUAUCUGACACUGUAAAAUAUAUAGAAGAGAACAAAAGUAAAAUGUUAGAUUACGGCUUUAUUGAUAAUCACAGAGAACUGAAACGACUUCUAUCUGACUUGGACGUUAAUAUGAAGAACUGUGAGCAUUCAAUGAGAUACAAAAGAGGGGGAAUCACAAAUGAUUUGCUGAGGUCCAUCACCGGACAUACUAUUGAUUUAGACGAACUCAGCGCCACUGAAACAAACUCAUUUCAGUACGGAGAUGAUGUAAUAUUUCUUCUGGAGGCAUUCAACGAGGGUGACUGUUACGUUUGUGAUGCUAAAUCAGACAGGAUAACAACACGAGUAAACAAAGAAGGUGAGAAAACUCAGACAUUCUCCAUCAAUCCCUAUGAUAUGUGUGUGGGCGAAAAUAGUGAUGUCUACUUUACCAACUAUGAGAACAACUCUAUCGCUCGUCUUUCUACAACAAGCAGCUUCAUGAGCCUUCUCUCAUAUUCAGGAACCUUUACAACCGUCAUCUGCACGGACCCACUAUAA